AUGCCCUUUUACCCCUUGUACGGCGGCGCUGUAGCCACUGAACUUCCUUCAGAGGCAAUCGAUGUUUCGCAAAUAAGAGAAAUCCCCGAUACGCAAGAGGUAUUCAUAAUAGAAUCCAAGCAAAAUGACCCAAAGUUGGAUCUGUCUAUAAUUUUCGACUUGCUAGAGAGCGUGCAAGCAAAUACAGUCGAAGAAUUACUACAAUUGCACAUAAAAGAAAUUUCUGAGGAUGUAGAAAAACCAACUACUUCUUACCAAACCAUUCGUAACGAUAGCCUAAACCAGGAUGCAUAUUUCACAUAUUUCAUACAAAAGAGCCCCAAACGUGAUAAGUACUCACUGGUGACAUUAAUUGGCUUGAUCCAGCUCAAAAAGGUAGACACAGACGUCCUAAUUUCUGUGAAUGUUCCAUUCAUACCUCUGGCUCAGGAAUUACUAACCCAGGAAGGAAUUGAGCGCGACCUUUCCGAUUCAAGUACCCUGAUAGGGAAGGGCUACAAGUUGUUGAAGAGUGCCACAGCUAACUAUACAGUAAAAGAUUGGCAACUUUUUGGAUAA